CUCGCGCGCUCUUCAGAAUACGUGUCCACCUGGUCUCGGACUCUCGGUAGGGUGCAUGUUGUGGCAGUUGCAGAAGGCAGAGGCAGACACAGAUACAGAAACAGAGGUAGAGGCCGAGUGAGAGGCAGCGCCCAGGGCAGAGGCCUUUGUGUAGGCAGGCAGGUAGGUCGGCGCAUGCACACUCAUCGUGUACAACCUACAGACAGCCCGUUUGAAUGAUUGCUGGUGAUGAAACGCAGACUCACUGCUGGGGCAUGUCCUACAAGCGCACCAGAGCCGCCUUCGAGGAGCGGGAGCAGCACGAUGCGGCCCCAAGCCACGCACCGUAUGCCCUAUUUGGCACUCCCCUCCCGGCCUUGGACGAGCACACGAGAGAUGACGGCAGUUAUGUCCCCAUCUGGAAGCAGGAGGUGACCGAUGAGCGCGGCAGGAAGAGGCUGCAUGGCGCAUUCACUGGUGGUUUCAGCGCAGGCUACUUCAAUACGGUCGGCUCCAAGGAGGGUUGGACGCCUAGUGCCUUCAUCUCGUCCCGGGCGAAUCGCGCCGGAGACAGCAAUCGUGCCCAUCAUGGAAACCAGCAGCGCGUCGAAGACUUUAUGGACGAGGAGGAUUUGGCCGAGCAGGCCGAAGCGCAGCAGCUGGACACUCAAGAUGGAUUUGCAGGGCUCGGAAGCAGCAAGCAAGAUGGCGGAGUACGAGGCAUCUUCUCCGAUCUGUUCACCACCACGGACGAAACCGUAGGCGUGAAGCUGCUGCAGAAGAUGGGUUGGCGUCAAGGCCAAGGCAUUGGCCCGAAAGUCGAACGACGAGCACAAGGGGACAAGACGGGCGGCACCCACCUCUUCGCACCGGAGAACACACGCAUGGUCGCCCUGAUACGAAAGACAGCUAAGCAAGGCCUGGGAUUUGCUAGCGAAAGCAAGCUCCGCGAUAGCCCUCCUGCCAACGACGAUAACGAGGCUAGCGGCGACGACUGCACGAUCCUCAGCAGGUCAAUGAUGGUGCGAAGACCAAAAUCAUCCAAAAGAUCAGGCUUUGGGGUUGGGGUGCUCAACGAUGACGGUGACGACGAUGAUGAUCCAUACGCCAUCGGCCCGAGCAUCAGUUACAACCGUAUCGUUGGACAGAAGAAGAAGAAGAAACCCAAAAAGGGAGGAAUCGUUGCAAGCCCUGUUGUCAUGAAUGUGGUAAAGCCUUCCGUUCAGGCAUCGAAGAUUUUAGGACAACGAAUGGGCAAGGUCAACAGUCUCCGCAAGUGUCACGAUGGGCGUUUACCACUUGAUGGCUUUGUCCUCGCCACUGCCGCGCUGACCAUAUCGGAGAACGAAUAUCCACCACCUGAGGUUCCCGCAGGCUGGAAACCGGCAAAACAACGCUCAGAGGCUGCUGCUCCCAAGAUGCUAUAUAUGUCAACAGCCGAUGCUGCAAAAGCCUCGACGCUGGACGCAAAGUCCCGUGCUACGCUGCUCGGUGAACAGCAAUUGCCGAGUAAGUCCAUUUUCGACUUCCUGACCCCAGCACAACGUGAUCAGCUCGCAUCAGCUAGCGGUCGCAAUGAUCUACCUGCCGCUUUGGGCGAGAGGGCACCCGAAGGCUAUGCGCAGAGCGCCGCAGAGAAAAGCCGCACCCUCUGGGAUCUCGUGCCGUCCCUAGCCAAAGAAACUGCCAUUGCAGCUUUGGCACGUGGGAAGACGGGCUGGAUGCCAUAUGGCGAUGAUCCGGACAAGCGACAGAGGUACAAGUACUUUCUCGAGCUGUCUGCGGGCCAGGCAGACAUAAUUCCAUCGCGCUCGCCUGGCACCAGUCUUGAAGGUUGGGCCAACGAACUACGGGAGUUUGCCGAGGCAGCUGAAAUUUUCAAACCUGCGUCGGGCUAUAUGGCCAGCAGAUUUACUUCUGGUUCCGCAGCGCCACAAGUUCUCUCUGACGUGCCCACCCCUACACAAAAGCCUUCGUCCAAAGACACCGAUCCCGCAGAGAAGGCAGCGAAUAUGGGAAUGUAUGGUCCUCUGACGCGGAGACGCGAGCCAUUCUAUCCUACAAGGCUGAUUUGCAAGCGCUUCAACAUUCGUCCACCUGCAAAUCUUGCAGCUGGUAGUGCUGCUACCGAGAGUGAACAAUCGGAGAACACGGAGAGACUGAACCUCGUGGGAAAGGCGAGCAUAGAGAGGAUGAUGAGAGAUGCAAAGUUCACUUCUGGAGGCACAGAAGGACCGUCGACGGUGGUCGAGAUCGUCACACCACGAGCGGUGGUUGACGUCGAGAAGAACGAAGCUAUUGAGGGAGUGAAGGCGGGCAAGGACGUCUUUAGAGCCAUCUUUGGCAGUGAUGAUGAAGAUGAUUAAUUUGCC